ACACUUGCUUGGGACAUGGAGCUAUUAAUAACAAGCACCACUAUGUCGCUGCUACUUCUCAGCACUCUGCUGCUGUUAAAUGGGGUGUCUUAUUCUGCAGCAGGAAACUGUGACGUGUGCGUGGGGUUUCUCCACAGACUAUAUGGAAGUGUGGCGUCUAGCCACAAGGAGCUCACUCCUGCUCUGGUGGAGGAAGAGCUGUUCCAGGCCUGUUCUGUUGCCCAGGGGAAGGAAGCAAGGCUGUGUUAUUACCUAGGAGCGAGCAGUGAUGCAGCCACGCGAGUCACGGCCACCGUGUCCCAGCCUCUGUCCUCCCACGUCCCUGUCGACAAGAUAUGCCAGCGCCUCAGCAGCAGGGACACGCAGAUCUGUCAGCUCAAAUACGGGCCUGAGCCGAGACAGCUGAGCAGUGAAGAGCUGAAAAAAAUGAGGGUGUUGCAGCUGAGGAAUAUUUUAGCCUCAUGGGGAGAAGAGUGUCGAGGGUGCUUGGAGAAACAUGAGUUUGUCAGCCUCAUCCUGGAAAAAGCGCCGCUUCAGAAAGCAGAGCUGUGAACAAACCUGUACACCGAUGCAGAUCAGGGUAAAAAGGACAAAAUGAAUCAAACACGACAUGGUGAUUUAAUUCCAGUCAGCUGCCCCCUCAGUAUAUUGACUGUAUAAAUACUGACCAUAGAAAAUAUGGGUGAAACAACUGGUCUCCUGGUAAUCACUCCACCCGUGGAAUAUCUUUUUGUGCUUCCAGAGUCCAUCAAACACAAUAUCAAAUGCGACACAAUAGAGUUCUUCGAGCGGUGCUCAGCUUUUGCUUUUUGUUUUUUUGUUCUUUUUGUCUGUGGUCAUACUAGUGGGAGGUGCUGGAUUCACUGGUGGAGCUCCCAGUUUUUUGGUUUUAGCUUUUUUCACUUUGUCCUUCAGGGCAGCGAUGUCAAGCUUGCUUUCCACAGGAGCUGAAACAACAGUGCACUGUUUUAGACACAUAUUCUGUAUAAUGUUUUUCUCUGAUACAGUACAUGGCAGUUUGUAAUUCUACCUUUUGCAGCCUUCUUCAAUAAAGGCUUCUCUUUCGGAGGA